GGGGGCGAGUCCGAGCGAGGUUCGGUGGGAGCUGGGCGUGGAACAGCGGGGCCCGGGCCUCGCCUGAGAAGGGCGGGCUGCCUGCCCCGAGCGGGGAUCCCGCCCGGGCCUCCCCUGCCAUCCCGCCGUCCGCCGCCCCCCGAUCGCCACCCUGCUCUGCCUCCUUCGGCAUGCACACCAGCCGCCCGAAGACCGUUAUCACCAUGCGCAAGUCUGCGGCCAGCCACCCGGCCAAGCCUUUCUGGUAUGACACGCUUGUGUUCCUGCCGUUCUUCCUGUCGCACGCGUUCUUCGCCGUGUGCGUGGACAUCCAGCCGCUGUUCUCCAAGGCCUUCCUGGAGCAGUAUUACCCGGCGGCCCUGCGCGGCCUGCUGGACACGUACCUCCGCCUGUCCGGCGACGUCCUGAUGGCCACGGCCCCCUCCUUCUUCCGGUCGUUCCUCAUGCUGGAGCUGGCCUUCCAGCUGCCCUUCUGCCUGGCGGCCGUGUAUGCCCUGCUCAAGUCCAAGGAGUGGAUCCGCAUCCCGGCGGUGGCCUAUGGCGCCCACACCCUGACCACCACCGCGGCCUGCCUGCUGACGCAGUUCGAGUCCUCGGUCAUGGACAGCCAGCAGAAGAUGGUGUCCAUGGCCCUGACCGCGCCCUUCUUCCUGAUGUCGAUUUUCAUCCUCAUCCGCUUCGGCUACGGCCCGAAGCUCGGCACCGCCGGGCAGGCCUCCGCCAAGUCCAAGACCAACUAAGCGCGCGUGUCCGUGCGCGCGUGCCGGAGGGGGCCCGGCAAGAGAUGCCGAACGGGGGCCGGGGCAUCGGUCCGGCCCCGGGAGGGCGCGAGGGCCAGGCACACCUGCGCACUUUCCGCGCGGGAGCGCCCGCUCCUUGGCCGCCUCCUCCCCCCCUCCUUGCCUUGCGUGAGGAUAAAUCGAAUGAACGUGUUUCCAUCUG